AUGGCGACAAGACAAAACAAGAAGCGCAAGGGUCGAGGCAAUGCUCCUCCCCGCGAACGCACCGUCACCACCCUUACAGACGGACCAGACGGCCCCUUCCUUCCUCCUCCUCCAGUCGUCUCUAUGACUGUAGUGGACGACCAUUCUCUGUCUCCCCCAUUCCCCAUCAACGUCAGCACCCCUAUCCCUGGUUCCCAGCCUCCUCCGGGCCUGUCUGCCAGUUCGUACCCCCUGCAACCGUUCUCUAGUCCAUUCCCAUACUACGCACACAUGUCACCGCACGCUACCGGCCCUACCUUCCAGCCACCAGUGCACCUUUCCAAUCCACAGUUGUACCCGUCUACACCGGUACCACCAUCUAUAUCGCUACAAGUCCUUCCCCCCGGCAAGAACGAUCUCGAAAUAUUGGAGAAGCUCAAGGAAACGAUCAAGAACAACCAGCACGAGCUCUUCCGCCCAAUUCCUCAGCCUGCUGCUCUCGCUAGUGUCUACCUCGGUCCUAGGUCUUCAUCUAGUGCUGCAUACGUCCCUCCCCAUCCUGAACAAGCUCACGCGGCUUCU